CACUCAUUUAAGUCCCACAAACAAAUAAAUAAAGCAAACCCCCCUCCCCCACUAUUGUUAAUCUCUGUAAUUUUGUUCCAUAUUGAGAUCAAUGGCUGCAAGAUUGCCUCUUUGUUCAUCUCCCAUGGCUGCUCCAUUCAUGGGAUCAAGGGUGGGCUGUCUAACAACUAGUAAAAUGGUGAUGAUGUGUUCCAAGAAUCAUACUCACACUAGAUCAUCUACCAAGAACAAGAUUUUUGAAGAUAGAUCAGCUGGUAUUGUUUGCUACAGAGAUGAGAAUGGAGAGAUAACAUGUGAAGGCUAUGAUGAGGGCCCUCGUUUUCAUCAAAGUAUUUCAAGAUUCAAUCAGGAUCGAAGAGAUGUUGAGAUAAUUGAACUCCUUCAAAGAUGUUGGCUACAAGUGGCUGAAGACAAUGGAGGGGAGACUUAACUGUUUCAACAGAUUAUGUUUACAACUAUUGGAUGCAUAUAAUAAGAAUCAUUCCCACUUACAUACUUCAUUAUAUGGUGUGCUUUUGUUUUGGUUUUCAUUUGGUAAUGUGGUGGUGUGGAAUUUGAUAAUCUGGAGUACUACUGUAUAGUUCUUGUUC